AAUCAUCACAAAAGCCUUUUUUAAGGAUCCUUCACCGCGUCUCUUCUCUUCUGAACAUAAAACCCAAACACAAACACAAGUUCAUAAACAGAAAAGAAUAAAAAUAUAUUGAAAGCAGAAGCAAAGAAAAUGAGCACAGCAAGAUUCAUCAAGUGUGUGACUGUCGGAGAUGGAGCAGUGGGAAAGACUUGUAUGCUCAUUUCAUACACCAGCAAUACUUUUCCUACGGAUUAUGUUCCAACGGUCUUCGACAACUUCAGUGCGAAUGUGGUGGUCGAUGGGAGUACUGUGAACCUUGGCCUGUGGGAUACGGCCGGGCAGGAAGAUUAUAAUAGGCUUAGGCCUUUGAGUUACAGAGGAGCAGAUGUGUUUUUAUUAGCUUUUUCCCUAAUUAGCAAAGCCAGUUACGAGAAUAUUCACAAAAAGUGGCUUCCGGAGCUGAAACAUUAUGCGCCUAACAUCCCCAUUGUGCUCGUCGGAACAAAAUUAGAUUUGAGGGAUGACACGCAGUUCUUGAAAGAUCAUCCAGGAGCAGCUUCUAUAACAACUGCUCAGGGAGAAGAAUUAAGAAAGAUGAUUGGAGCCGUAAGGUACUUAGAGUGCAGCUCCAAAACCCAACAGAAUGUGAAAGCAGUCUUUGAUACAGCAAUAAGAGUAGCUUUGAGGCCACCAAAGGCAAAGAAGAAGAUAAAGCCAUUGAAGACUAAGAGAUCAAGAUUAUGCGUUUUCCUCUAAUAUUUGAACAUUUAAAUAAAAUGUUUAUAUAUUAUACAUGUGUUUCGUUUUUUUUUUCUUGGGUUACUUUUCUACUUGAAAUAGUGUGGACUUUUCUAGUCAUCAAAUUUUUUUAAUUGUUAAAUCGCAAAUUGCAAAUGA